CUCCAAAAAUGACAACAACACGGUCGGAACAGAAAGACGAGACAGUCGCUGGGGCGGAGCACCGAUGUCUGUGCGCACAAGAAGGAAAACAGGAAAUCAUUUUCAAUUCCUUGUUAUUUGUUGAGAGAGAAAAGAAAGAUGAUGAAGAGUUUUUUACUCGCCGCUCAGCCCACAUAGUGACCCUCCUCAUAGUGACCCCCCACAUAGUGACCCUCCACCCCGUCACAGGAGCCUCCAUGGCGGGGCUGUCUCACCUGGUGCUCCGCUUGUCGGGGACUGCAGGUCGCAGCUACGGAGUCUUUUCUAAAGGCUUGAGCAGGACGCUGAUGAUCUUCUUCCACCUGGCCUGGAGGCUGAGGAUUAGGUUCCCUUACAUCUACCUGGUGGCCUCCAUGAUGUUCAACGUCAGACUGCAGGUACACAUUGAGAUCCACUGAGGGGCUCGAUGACUUCGCCCAGACUGAACGCCAAGCGUCAUCUCUUCCGUCUCCAUGAGGAUGAUGACUGCACUCGCACUGCCAGCCAGGUGACCAAGGCACCUCAGACCUUUUACUCGGCCCUUCAGGCCAAAAGUCCAGUGCCUUUUGCAGGGGGAGGAAGGCAGCGUCGGGCCGGCGUGAGAGAUGGUGGUGGGGGGUGGGGGGGUUAUGUUGAAGAUUCAGGAGCUGCUCAAGUUUGUUGCCCCCCAGCAUGACACACUGCCUUUUGUCCAUAACAUUUAUAUGUCCUGCAGUCAAAUAUCUAUGGACUCUCUCAGUACAACGCCAUAAAUGCAAUGUCUGCACAAGCAGGACUUAUUAUUUGAUUCUGAUUUUUCUACUUGAAUUGAGGUAUGUAGCUGUAGAGGCAAGUACCUCCUCCGAGCGCCCCCUACUGGAAGCUUUUGGUGAAGGAAAGGCAGCAUGUUGUGGUCACACUCGCUGUUGUUCUCCAUGUCUUCUGGACUGCAAAUUGGCAUUCACAAAUAUAAUAACCUUGUUUUUUUUUUGUCGUUAAGUGUUAUUUCUGUGAGUGUUUCUAAGGAUGAGGUGGAAAAAAUGAAGAAUUAAUUUGUAAAGCAAUAAAUUCAUGAAAUCAA